CACUGGAAACUGGAGGCUGCCUGGGAAGCUGGAGCAUCCCUGCUUUGUCACCCACCGACAGACCCAGCGUCAGUGAACAAAAAGAAGCAUAGCCAAAGCCCCAUGUUGACCAUUUGAGCAGACAUGGAAUGCAGGUGGGGAGGGAUCGGUCAUUCAUCGCUGAGUUAGCUGACUAGGGCUUUUUUUUUUUUUUUUUUUUUUAAUUGAACACUACCCAACACUAUGGCUAAGCAGUACGAUGUGCUCUUCCGACUCCUGCUCCUUGGAGAUUCUGGGGUUGGGAAAACAUGUUUGUUAUGCAGAUUCACGGACAACGAAUUUCACCCGUCUCACAUCUCCACCAUCGGAGUCGACUUCAAAAUGAAGACACUAGUAAUAGAUGGUAUCAAAGUACGGAUACAGAUAUGGGACACUGCAGGCCAAGAAAGAUACCAGACCAUCACUAAGCAGUACUACAGACGAGCACAGGGAAUCUUCCUGGUGUAUGAUAUCACGAGUGAGCGAUCCUUCCAACACAUCAUGAAGUGGGCCAGUGAUGUGGAUGAGUACGCUCCUGAGAAGGUCCGGAAGAUCCUUGUAGGGAACAAGUCCGAUGAUGUGGACAAGAGGCAGGUGGCCACAGAGCAAGGUAUCAAGCUGGCCAAAGCUUAUGGAAUGGACUUUUUUGAGACAAGUGCCUUCACCAACCAAAACAUAGCAGAGACUUUUACACGCUUGGCUGAACAGGUGCUGGCAGCCAAUAAAAAGGACCUGGAUCUUCUCCGAAUGUCCAAUAAUGACGAGAUUAAUCUUGCUGCUCUGGAGGAAGAGGAAGGACUCUGUGACGGUGCGCCUGGCGACCAAGGCAAAGGCUGCUGGUGUUAAAGAAACAAUUUAAAUGAGAUAGUCUGUUAUCACCAGAAACUUUGCACACUCUGGGCAACAUGUUUCUCCGUUUGUCUUUAGGUGAAACAAAGAGGAAGACUAAGCUGCAAUUUUGAAACCAGCUAUGUUCCUCUGAUUCAUGUGAGCAAUGCCAAAAAUGCUAACGAGCCAUUUGAGAGCAGUUUCAUGGACAAAGGUGGAAACAUUUUGCUACACAGUGCCAAGUGUGUGGUGGAUUAACCAACUGAACGUCCAAAUGUCAAGGUUUGACUCAGUGGGACAGAAUGUUCAUUGUCUAAAGCACUGAUUCCUGCUCAGUUCAGUGUGUCUUCGACGUAUACAAAUGAAAACCCCUGUCCACUACAAAUUCUGCAAUUGACAUAGAGUUGAAAAGACUAAACACAAAAUUACAAGAUUUAAUCAUCUUUUCUUACAGACUUUGUACGGUGUCCUGAUGUAGAGGACGGGGAAUGACCUGGAAUUGUCCAUCGCUGACUUGAAACCUUUCACAAUGUUGUAUUUCACAUUAUUUUUCCUAAGCGCUGUCUCUGAUAUUGAUUAUAGGGCUGGGUGCCUUGCAAAUCAACAAUGUAAUUGAUUACAUUUGGCCUUCAUCUACCCCUUUAGUGUUUUCCUUUAUGUGGGUAUAUUUUAGCAGUCCUGAGCCCAUAGCAUUUCUACCAUUGAAUGCAUUAGAUGUAGUGCGGGAAUUUGACCACAAGAGGGUGCUAUAUGCAUUGUGAAAACAAUAUAUAUACACACACACACACACACACACACACACACACACACACACACACACACACACACACACACACUGAAAAGAUGUUCAGUGUUAAAUUAUGCUAUUUCACUAUCUUUUCUUAUGUGUUUGUUUUUGGUUGUUAUUGCACUUGCAAUGACUAUCUUUAAUGCGAUGGGAUUCUAAAUAUAUGCAGCCGUUACAUUGUUUUCUUUUAUUAUUUCCAUGCAAAUAUUGGCUCCAGAGAACGUUAUGCAGCUUGUAAUAUCAUCCAUGUGACCACACAUACAUCCUGACCACACAUACAUCCUGAUAAUUUCCAGUCAAGUACACCAGUGUAAGUCGGUAACUGAAGGAAACAUUGAGAGCAAAAUGAUUCUAUUUCCCUGUAGCAAAACUCAAGAUAUUUUUUUCCAUUUUAUAGUCUUUGUUUAUAACCGAAAAUAUUAUAUAGAUGGUUUGAUAACUGCCCAUUGCAUUGUACAUACCAUGUUUUUCAAAGCAUUGUAGAUCAGUAAUCAUGAGGACACGCCAUUGAUUUAAUGUAUUACCAUUAGAGGGCUGUAUAAAAAAAGUCCACAGUGAUAUUCUAGAUGGUCUGAAAUAUUCCCUCUGUGAUGAUAAUAAUGUCUUGGUCAUUCUGUCCUUUUCUCACUGUUUUGUUCAGAGUCCAGUGGAGAUGCCAUUUCUUUUUUUAUCCCCUCAGACUAAACCGGGACGAGAGAGUUUUGCAUGUGAUCCACUCUUCUUUCCUUUCUUUUAUUGCAACUUCAAUGAAGUUAAUAAUCAACUGACCGUAAGACAAGUAUAGCAUUUGACCAGAGUUGCCUGUUUGAGACUUAAACAGAAUGACCCAUCAUCGGACGAACUUUGGCUACAUUUUUUUGCAACUUAGUAAUACUACAUGCUACUCAAAACAAUUGUUAAUCUGUGAACUGUGUGAAAUGGCAGUAUGUUGUACUGAAUGAUGUUCUGGACUAAGCUCUAGAUACAAAAUGUGUUGUUUUCGAGAACUAUUUUUUUUCUUUCUUUCUUUAAAGGCUCUGACACACCAACCCGA